CAGGACUGGGACGCCCCGGUUGGGCCCUUCCUGCUCCACCUCCCAGCCCAGCAAGGACAGAGUUAGAGGCCGCCCAGAGAUGGCAGUGCACGGAGCUCGCAGGAGCACACCAUGAACACGGCUUACGGGACAGUCCCUGCCUCUGCCCCGUGGUUGUCACACCUCAGAGGUCCUAGGGACUUUGGAAUCAGGCAAACUUCUAGGGAACCUCGUGAAUUCAAAUACUUGGAUCUGCCAAGCACCUCACCUAUGCUGGGAGGAAGCAGCAGGACAGCCCUUGUCUCUGCCUUCUCAGAGCUCACCUCGCCCCAAGGAGGGCUCUAGGGAGAGGCCUGGGUGCGGGCCAGGUCUGAGAAGGGCUGCACACGGAGUAAUGACGUCCAGGACCAGGAGUGAGCUGAGGCACCUGGGACGCUCGAGAGAACAGGUGUGCAAAAGCCCCUGGCUGCAAGAGAUCAUGCCAGGGGACUUCGUGCAGCUGCCUGUGCCCAUCAUCCAGCAGCUGUACCACUGGGACUGUGGCCUGGCCUGCUCCAGGAUGGUGCUGCGGUACCUGGGCCAGCUGGACGACGGUGAGUUCGAGAACGCCCUGCAGGAGCUGCGGCUGACCAGAAGCAUCUGGACCAUCGACCUGGCCUACCUGAUGCGCCACUUCGGCGUCAGGCACCGCUUCUGUACCCAGACCCUCGGUGUCGACAAGGGCUACAAGAACCAGUCUUUCUACAGGAAGCACUUUGACACAGAAGAGACCCGCGUGAACGAGCUGUUUGCACAAGCCAAGGCCUGCAAGGUGCUGGUGGAGAAAUGCACGGUGAGCGUGCAGGACAUCCAGGCGCACCUGGCGCAGGGCCAUGUGGCCAUCGUGCUGGUGAACUCGGGGGUGCUGCACUGCGACCUGUGCUCCAGCCCCGUCAAGUACUGCUGCUUCGCCCCCCGCGGCCACCGCUGCUUCUGUCGCAGCCCCGACUACCAGGGCCACUUCAUCGUGCUGCGCGGCUACAACCGGGCAACCGGCUGCAUCUUCUACAACAACCCGGCCUACGCCGACCCAGGCAUGUGCGGCACCAGCAUCAGUAACUUCGAGGAGGCCAGAACCAGCUACGGCACAGACGAGGACAUCCUCUUCGUCUACCUGGACAGCUGACGGCAGGAGCCUGGUGUGCCCAGGCCCUCGGACACCGCGCCCCACCCUCGGCGGGGCCCACUCAGGGUGCGCUGGCCCACACCUGUGGCUUCCGGGAUUGGAAUGCGGAGACGGAGCCUCGGCCUGGCUGACAGAGCUCUGGGGACGCUGGGAGGUGGCACAGAGACUUUAGCUAUCGGGCCCGUGUGUCGGCGCGCCGCUCUCCCUGGGCACCUGCGGGUGGUUGGAGGCACCCCUGGAGUGGCAGAGCUGAGCACCCUCCAGGUCCCCAAGCCUACUCCAAGGACACCCUUGCGGCCUUCAAGGCACAGGGAGAAGUCUGAGCUGGUCUCCCCGCAGACCCUGGGACUGAGCCCCAGAGAGAGAAGUCACUUGACCUGAUGCUAUUGUUGGGGGCAGCGUCUGCGUGUUUGGAGACAGUCUGACUGCUCCAGGCUCCUUCAUCCCCUUAGACAUGCUGCAGCGCCCCCCCACCCGUCCCCCGAGGUGAACGCCACCGCCUCCUCCCACCCCGUGUCGGGCCCACGUUUCUGUGGCUGGUGAUGAGGCCUGUGGCCCCUGCUACCUGUCUGGACCCCUCACAGCCACAUUGCCUUGCAGAGUCCUGGCCCCUGAGACUCUGAGUCUCCCCACCGUCCUCCAGGUCCCCCGGCUUGUACAGUUGGGGUCCUCCGGGGCGUGGGCCAGCAGUACGGAGCGUGCUCCAGGAAUAAACCGCUGCCCAGUCCCCUAAGAGCCCCUGCACCCACGAGGCCUCCUGACACCUGCCACAAUCCCAACAACAGGGCAGGCCAUCCUCCGAGUGUGGGGAGCCCCAGAGACUGGGUGCCAGGGUCUGCACUUCCGAAGCAGUGGGCAAAGGACACCACCCGCCCUGGUUCCCACGCCAGGAUCUUUGCACAGAACACCGGGUCUCCUCGGUUCUCAGAGAAGGCUGGUGCUUGCCCAGGGUCACGCCACGCAGGGGCCAGAGCAGUUUCCUCCCUCUUUUUCUGUUUUUCUCUGCACAACUGCCCCCCACUCCCACUUAAUUUUUUUUUUUUUUUUUGAUUGAGAUUUAAGUUUUCAGUUCUGAGAGGUGAGAAUCACCUUCCGGAAAAUCCAUAAUAGUGAGAUUGCAGGUACUCUGGAACCGCUAACGCCUCUUCACAGCCCAGGUAAGCCAGCCCAAGCUCUUCAGAGAGAAGGCGCUCAGCCCGUGGUCUGGGUGCAUGGCACGUCCCCUGGCAGCCCGAGGAGUGUCUACCCAGGGACUGUGGUCUUGGGACUGGGUCUUGAAUCCAGGUCUAUACCUAAAAUCUUAAAGGAAUUAGGCCAUUUCCAAAAGACCUCGGACACCCACCCCCCAUGGGCUGCCUCUGGCAAAGGGGCAGGGGUACCCCAACAGCGUCAUUAUCCCUGCACCCCUGGGCCUUGACCUUCCUUUGCCUGAGGCAUGGCCUGGUGACAGCUGCUGCCUCCACCCCACUGUGGUGACUCUGAAGAGCAGAGGUGGUCUCUACUGGUGAAGGCUGUCGGGCUGCCCAGCCCCGCUGCCCCGCUGCCCCAGAAACAGCUGUGGGCUUGGAGGCGCUGUGAGCUGGGCUGCUACCCUAGGAUUCAGGCCAACGUUGGCUGUAGCUGGGUCUCGUCUGCAUUGCCUUAAUGCCGGAUGGCCAAGGUCCCAGGGAACUCCAAGCCCAGGGCUGCCAUGCUUCGCAGCUAUGGGUGGGGACUGUCCUCAGGAGACUUGGGGAAAGAUCUCUCUCCUGGGUCGGCAGAAUAGCUGUACGAGGAAAAGCGAUAGGACGUGGUGUAUUUGGGGUGGCAGGGUGCGAGUGGGGCCACGCGUGUGCCGGCGGGGGGGCCCUCGGGAGCAGCCUCUCCGGAGUGGUCUCGACACCUCAGUCCCUCCAGGACAUUCAGAAGCACGGUCCCUGGACCCGGAGGACAUCUCAGGGCAAGCCGCGAGUUUGAGGUCACCUGUCUGAGAUGAACAAGAAAGCUGCUCGUCUCUGAGACUUGCUGGCCGAGGGAGGGCCACAGAGGCAGGACACGAGUCAUGCUGUGUCACCUUCUUGCACAACUCAUGAAAAUGCAGCCAGCCUGGGCAUCAGGGACUUUUGCUCACAGUAUGUGACACCCACAGCCAUGCAGCCUGUCCACACCGCGGAGCCCAGGGCAGCCUCCAACGCCGCACGGAACUGUUGGCUUGGUUCACUCUGGCCACGGGGAUGAAAGGGAUCUUUUGCAUUGUAGAGAUUUUAUACGUAAAUAUAUUUUGUUCGUAAUGAGCCAUUCUCAAUAAACAUUCUCACUGCAAAACGGUG